AGGUAUCAUUGUCUGUUGUAAUAAAAGUGAUAAGACUCCUGAUCUCCGUGUCCUGUUUCCUCAUUAAGUUAUAAAGAAACCCUCGACAUAUAACCGUUUUUAUUUAUUUUUUGCGAAGGAGCUCUGGAACUGUGAAGAAAAUGUCCACGUCUGUCACCACAGCCAACGGCAUGGUGGUCGUGACCCAGAUUUAUCCGCAAGGCACCGAAAACACGGCCCCAGCGCCCGCUGCGGAUCAGAGGUGCCACGUGGUGCCCAGCAGUGCCCUGUGCCAGCUGUCGGAGAAGCUGAAGAGGUUUCUCAAAGGAGAGCCAAGGCCACUGGGGACUGUGCAGAUCUUGAUUGGAGUGAUCAGCAUUGUGUUUGGAGUGGUUCUGGCCAUGACUCCAUUCUCGAUAUCGGCUGCCACAGCAGCCCCGUACUGGACUGGUGUUUUGUACAUCAUUUCUGGAUCUCUCUGUGUUGCUGCGGAUAGGACCCCCAAGGCUAGCCUGAUAAAGGCAGCCCUGGGUAUGAAUGUGGUCAGCAGUGUUGCAGCCGGCAUCGCGAUAUGCUUUUAUUGCGUGGAUCUGCCUUACUAUUAUGGCACCAGUGUUUGCUCUUACCCGUCUUACCAGAACAGGGGUUAUUAUGGAUACCAAUGUGAGAAUAUUGUGCUGGCAGCACAGCGCACUACAACAGGGAUAAAGAGCGUGCUGCUGAUUUUCUCCCUCCUGCAGUUCUGUGUGUCCGUCUCCAUGGCUGCCUUCGCUUGCAAAGCUGCUUGUCACAAUACCUACACGCCCGUGAUUGUGGUGCACAACUCCUUCAGAGCUGCGGAGGUCGUGGGGCAGGACUGCGAGAGCGAGGAUGCCAAGUGUGAGCCUCCCCCCUAUACAGUGUAACCAGGCUGAGCACCCCCCUUUACAGAGUAACCCAGCUGAGCCCCCCCUAUACAGUGUAACCAGGCUGAGCCUCCCCCCUAUACAGUGUAACCAGGCUGAGCACCCCCCUUUACAGAGUAACCCAGCUGAGCCCCCCCUAUACAGUGUAACCAGGCUGAGCACCCCCCUUUACAGAGUAACCCAGCUGAGCCCCCCCUAUACAGUGUAACCAGGCUGAGCCCCCCCUAUACAGAGGUAACCAGACUGAGCACCCCCCUUUACAGAGUAACCCAGCUGAGCCCCCCCUAUACAGUGUAACCAGGCUGAGCCCCCCCUAUACAGUGUAACCAGGCUGAGCACCCCCCUUUACAGAGUAACCCAGCUGAGCCCCCCCUAUACAGUGUAACCAGGCUGAGCCCCCCCCUUUACAGUGUAACCAGGCUGAGCCCCCCCUAUACAGUGUAACCAGGCUGAGCACCCCCCUUUACAGAGUAACCCAGCUGAGCCCCCCCUAUACAGUGUAACCAGGCUGAGCCCCCCCCUAUACAGUGUAACCCAUCUGAGCCCCCCCUAUACAGUGUAACCCGGCUGAGCCCCCCCUAUACAGUGUAACCCAGCUGAGCCCCCCUAUACAGUGUAACCCGGCUGAGCCCCACCUAUACAGUGUAACCCAGCUGAGCCCCCCCUAUACAGUGUAACCAGGCUGAGCCCCCCCUAUACAGUGUAACCCAUCUGAGCCCCCCCCUUUACAGUGUAACCCGGCUGAGCCCCCCCUAUACAGUGUAACCCAUCUGAGCCCCCCCCUUUACAGAGUAACCCAGUUUAACUGUUUAAAUAUAAUUAUGGGUUCUGAUUUCUGGGUUUAUUAUGAUUAUUAUUCAAUUAAAAAAAAGUAGUAGCAUCUGGCCCUAUUUUUGUGAAUAGUGUUAAAGAGGUCUGUUUCUUAACAAUCUAGACCCCCGAACUUUUACAUGAACUUCGAUUUGAUACAUCCAUAAUUUAUAAAACACUAAAAUAGUGCCAAACUGAGAAAUACGGAAAAUCAAUCAGUUUAAAAGAUCAACGUUUACACUACAAGUCUUUCUCCCAAGUCUUUUAGUAUUUCAGUUUAAUAUACUAAGUUUUUUUUGUCCUGUUCAUAAAGAAAAUAUCCUUAAUUUGUACAGCUCCACAGUGAAGGGGUCUGUCAUGCGUUUUUCAGGCUUUACCAGCUGAAAACAUCAAACCAGAAACCCCAGCAUAGAACAGAAUGCCUCUCUCUGCACUACUUUGUAAUAAUAAACUUGCAUGCUGUCAAUGGA